AUCAAAUCAAAUGAUUAAUAACUGAUUUUGACCAAUUAUGUUCAUGUACACAAGAAUAAUCUAAAUUAAAAUUACCAAGCCCAAAUCUAAUGUUAUGAUACGCGCGGUUGAAGAAAAUGUUUGAUUGGAGGGUCCCACUGAUUACUGUGAUUAAGAAGGAAGGUGUCCUCGACCCGGACAGCUUCUUGUAAUAAGCGAGUUUGGGGCAACAGAACAGCACAACUCCUCAACUCAGGAAUUUCCUUUCCUUCCACUCCCACGUAAUGCCCCAAGUUCGUUAAGCUUCGCAAACUUCCAACUAACUCCCUCCUCCUUCAACCCCUAUUCUCUCCCUGUCUGUAUCACCAAUACCAUCAUUAAUAAAUAACCCAUUUAUCUUCUUCUUUGUCUCUUUUCCUUUGCAAGCAUUCAUCUUUUAUUCUUCUUCUCCAUUUCUCAGUCUUUCCAAUUUAUAAGACUAAAACUAAUAACAAUCCAUCAUCAACACCAACAACAAUCAUAGACCACUCAUGGAUGACCCAAUCCCAAAGCCAGACCAGCUCGUCACCCCAUCACCUCCGCUUCCGCCCUCCAGAGAUUUCGAGAAUCAAACCGGUCCACAGAACUCCGCCCCAUCCGCCGGUGGCGUAGUUUCCAAUAUAUUGCGACGCUGGAAAAGAGAAGAUUUUCUUAAGAAGGCCUCCUUGGCUCUCCGCACCUUGGCCUUCCUUUUCUCCUUCCUCGCUUUCAUUAUAAUGGCUAGUAAUAAGCACGGUGACUGGAAAGAUUUCAAUAAAUAUGAAGAAUACAGGUAUGUCCUUGCGAUAGCAAUUCUUUCAACAUUGUAUACAGGAUUCCAAGUUUUGAGGCAGCUUCAUGAACUUCACACCGUUCGAGAAAUACUUCCCCGCCGGAAUUUGGCCAUCAUUGAUUUUUCUGGAGAUCAGAUUGCAGCAUACUUACUGAUAUCAGCAGCGUCGUCCGCAGUACCUUUGACAAACAGAAUGCGAGAAGGUGCAGAUAACAUAUUUACAGAUUCCUCAGCAGCAGCAAUCAGCAUGGAAUUCUUUGCCUUCUUCUCACUGGGGUUGUCGGCUAUUGUUUCUGGACACAAACUCUCUAAGCAAACUUACAUCUGAUCAGGUCCUCUGUUCCAAGUGAUUAGUUGUACUGCUGAUAUUUCAUCGUUUUCUGUAAGUCAUCCACAGGUAUAUAGUUUACACAUCAAUUCAUGUUUAUACAGGAAGAGCAUUGCUUUUGGCAUUUGCACCUCAUCAUAAAUGUAUAGUGGUGAAGUAGAGAAAUCUCCCAAAGAAGAAUGUUCAGACUGUAGUGAAUGAAAAUAAUUCUGUUUCGUCUCCCCGUCUUUAUUUUCUCAAGUUUGUCAGACUACUUUGCUUGAGAAUGUUAUCUUUGAGGGAUGUCGUACUCGGGUGUGGAUAGCAACUUGACCAGAGUAAUGCUGUUUAGGCGUGUUUCACAAUUUCUUGUUGAUUUAUUAGGCUUUUUUUUUUUUUUAUCUCGAAAGAACUAAUGGUAGAGACGAACCCUUGGAGCUAAAGGUUGUUGGUUUAAGGAGGAGAAUAACCCGAUCCUUGGAAUAAAUUAACAAGUAGUCAGUUUAUUGAGAAUAUUUUUGAAAUACUGGGAUAAAUAAAAGAACAAAGUUCGGAAAUGAAUACUGAGCUGCCUAACACAUUUUCUUUAUUCUACUUUUCUUACUUCUGGCACUAAACCUUACAUGAGACUGCUGUUCUAAGCUUCAACAGCCCCAGAACAAAUGAAAAAAUACCCCUAAUUCCUUUUCUAAAAUCUACAUAUAAAACACAAAAUCAAAAUACCAUCAUAAAGUAUGUCUGUAACAGUACACUAGCUAAGAACUGCCAGCUCAAGGGAUUUGCUCCCUAAGAAUCUUUUCAGUUUAGGAAAGAGUCAAAAAAUGAGUCAUCUUUAGGUUCUUCCUUGGCUUGCAUCUGACUAGUGUAGACCCCUGCGGAGUUUCCGAGA